AUGGAGCACGAGAGUGCUGUGUCCUGUCUUUUGCAGGAGGGAGUGAAGACGGAGAAUGACCACAUCAACCUGAAAGUGGCCGGGCAGGAUGGCUCCGUGGUCCAGUUCAAGAUCAAGAGACACACACCCCUGAGCAAGCUGAUGAAGGCCUACUGCGAGCGGCAGGGCUUGUCGAUGAGACAGAUUAGGUUCAGGUUUGAUGGGCAGCCAAUUAAUGAAGCAGACACCCCGGCCCAGCUGGAGAUGGAGGACGAGGACACCAUCGACGUGUUCCAGCAGCAGACUGGGGGCUCGCGGGCCGCCCGCCGCCACUCGGGGUGCGGCCUGUAGCGCCGAGGGACGUCCUCGCAUCUGCUGUGGAAUAGUGACCAUGUGACCACGCCAAUCACAAGGAGCCUGCGGGAACUGAGGACACCCACCCGAUCCCCUUCCUCUCCGGCACACUGCGGGUGCCACUCAGAACUGUCUGCAGGGCGCACCCGGCCAGCCGCCAUCGCGCUCCUUAGGAAAGCAGUUGCGAGGUGUCGGGGUUUGUCUUUGCUUUCAUUUUUGUCUCUCCCCCUCCUGUGACACUUCCCGAAGUCUGUGGCGUGAGCCUCCCUCCCUUUUAGCCUAGGCGGGGAUCUUACCCCAGGAAUGGGAUAAGGCCCCUGCUCAUUCCAUUGUGAGCGCUCCUGUCCCCACAGUGGGGGCUUCUGGGGCAAGCCUCGGGGCACUGUGGGGAUGGGAGACAAACUGCCACUUAAUGUUUCUUGUACGUUUUAAAUGCUAAAUAUUGCAAGUUUAGGUUUUGUGAGAAUAUGGGAAAGGUGAAGGGAGAAGACUGGAAUGCUUUUUAAAAGGUGAAAAUAACUGAGUCCCUCCGUAGUGUGGCCCUGGGCACCCUGUUCCUUUGGUGACCGCUUGGGCAGGGGCGGGCCCAGGGCCCUCGAUGGUGUGCGGGCAACCUGGGGUGCAGCAGAAAUUGGCUUUUCCCCUUCCUUUUUUUAAAAAAAAUUUUCAGUUACAGUUUACAUUCAAUAUUAUUUUGUAUUAGUUUCAGGUGUCCCCUUUUACUACAGAGGAAGGUCAUUCCCACGUUUGUCACUUGGUGGUAGUUCUGUGGCCUCAGAUUUCUUCCAGUACUUGCUUUUGAUGAAUAAUUACAGUCUCUAUAUAAGAAAGUACGAUUAAGUAGUGCUGAUUUUGCAGUGAUGCUUUUGUGUAAAAGAGCUACUUCCAAGUGUAGUUACAAAUGGGCCCCGUGCAGACGACUCAUGUUAUUCUCAUGGACUGUGCUCUGCCGCUUUCCUGACAUUAGCUGAUUUCAUUUCUGUGAAACAUUUUAGAACCUGUACUGGUUACUUUCAGUUUGCCUACUGCCCUGUAUGGAACCCCUGCUGCCCCACGGCCCUGCUCUGCCUCGCUCUGGCACCUGGACAGUGUGACCUCGACCAUCAUCUAUCUCUUGCUUGCCUGGAAUCUUGCCUUUCCUUUGUGUUUUGCUAUUGGGGUGUGGAUGUGGUGUCUGCUGGCUCUACUGUUUGUUCACAAUUUGUACAUUCUUUGUUGUCCUUUACUACUGUAAACAGUAAAUAUAGUUUGGUAUUCUGUCUCUUGUACUAAA